AUGGCGACCCUGUUGGCGGAUGGGACUGAGAAGACUUCUCAGUUUUUCGACAUUUCAUGCAAGGAGUUGCAGGCACUUUUCCAAAAGAUCAAGCAUGACCGUAACGCCUGCAAGUUAAAGAGCAAGCCAAUUGACGAGCUGCUUGCGGCCAAGCGAAAGGAACUCAAAGACUACAUCUUUCGACUGGCUGCUGAUACUGCCGCCGUCAUGUUUGUGGGUGCGGCUGCAGCCCUGACUGUUGGAAGUGGCUCAGCUAUUGCCUUCAAGAACACGACCAGGGUUGACGGCUUGGUGCUUAGAAACACGUUCAAGACGUUCUACAGCAAGAUGGAUUGGGACAAGUUCAUGACAGCAUUGUCAGCCUCAGCACUUUGCGUGAUUCGCUCACCACGGUCGUCAACUUGUUCGACACGAUCCUGGCCACUUUCUCAGAUACGCUAA